GUUCCGUUGAUGGCGCCAUGGACGUGCGCAUGGCAGUGCAGAUGCGGGCAGCAGAACUGGAAUUCGUCGGUGAACUGCGUCAAGUGCAACGGUCAUUGGAAGUCUUCCAAGAAAGAGAGCGGCACCAGCAACCCCAAGGGCCGCCAGCGAUCCAAAAGCCAGAAGAGCCAGAGAACAGCAUCAGAGUCGCGCCCAUGGGAAGACGACCUGAAGUCCAACGGAGCCCCGUUCGUUCGCAUGGCGACCCCUGCAGAAGCACAGGCUCAUCCAGAUUACCAACCCCUGAGCUCGCGCGCCACCGAGUCGGAGAAGAAGGAGUACUACCGCGAGACGCGCUCCAGGCUGAACCUGCUCCAGCAGCGGUACAACCUCGCGUGGGCCAUGAGGGAGCCAGUGCAGGAACUCGCCACUUCCAUUUCCAUACUGAGAAGAAUGUUGAUCUCCGAGAAGAGCUUGCACCAGCAAAGUGCUUGGACGGAGACUACGUUAGCCAGGAUGAUGCUGCGAGUGGAAGCAGCAAACAAAGAAGUCAUUUCGCUCAAGGACCAGCUCCAAGCGAAGGUCAACAUCAGAGACAACUUGCAGGACCAGCUGGAUGCUCUGAAGCGUACCAAGCAGGAGAUCCACCAGCUCAUGGAGGAGGAGAAGCGCCAGAAGGAACUGGAGGUCAGCGAGGACAUGGACGAGGACAAGCCGAGCCAGGGCGUUGUGGUCUUCCUCGAGCGCACCUUGGAGGAGAUCCCAGCAGGUACUGCACCUUCGAGUGCGAGCGUACAGCAUGCGGUCCAGCAGCAGGUCGAGGCACAGCUGAAGCCCAUGGCGGACCAGAUGUUGCAGAUGCAGCAGCCACAUCUCUGUGCCAGCUUCACCAGCGCCAGCUGCGCCACAGCCGCCGUCACCACCGACUGCAGCUCCCAGUUCACCACCAUCGUUGACGCCGACGCAGCCGUGGACGCCGAUACCGAGGGUGGAGUCCACAGCGCAGGACAUGACCGCGGGACGGACUUCGGUGAGGGAGCGGGCUGCGGCUUUCGAGAGCGGCUCCGAGGGCAAGUUCUCGCUCGGGCCGCGCCAGCGUGGCAGCCAGAGGACGUCAGCAUCGCGGAGCCCAAGCGUUCGCACCCAGAGGGCGAGAGCGCCAGGAUCUUCAAG